GCUCGUCCAUUCGGCUAUUGACGUCACGCCACGUCGAUGUUUCUGGCUGUGCACAGCGAAGCGCCAGGGCCUAAUAGCAGGAAGGGGAGUGAACAGCACCGGCAUCUAACUGUGUCUCUCCCGGUUUCAGACUGCCUUCUAGAACUGGAGUGCAGGGAUGCAAAGCCCAUGACCUGACUUUGCUAGGUGUGCUGGCUAGCCUUUUUAUAACCAUGGUACCCGAUGAAACGCCUCUGUUUGAUACUCGUCUUCUGGAGGAACUUGAUUGGAGCCAAAAUAUGGUGUCAUUUCAUCCUGCCAUUUCUCCUGUGAGUCCUGGGGAUGGACUAAUUCUUCGGCCUCUUUGUACAGCUGAUUAUACUAGAGGGUUUUACCAGGUACUCGGCCAACUGACAAAAGUAGGGGAUGUUUCUUCAGAGCAGUUCAUCAAAAAAUUUGACCACAUGAAGAGAAGCGGUGAUUACUUUGUAAUUGUAGUGGAAGAUUUAAAUCUUGGCAAGAUAGUAGCUACAGCCACUCUUAUCGUGGAACAUAAAUUUAUACAUGGAUGUGCAAAGAGAGGGCGUAUAGAAGAGGUUGUUGUCAGUGAUGAAUGCAGAGGAAAACAGCUUGGGAAAUUGUUACUGUCUGUGCUGACGCUGUUAAGCAAGAAACUAGAUUGCUAUAAAGUGACUUUGGAGUGCAAGCCCAAAAAUGUUGCUUUCUAUGAAAAAUUUGGUUACGUUGCAUCUGAUGAAACCUACAUGCAGAGCAGAUUCUGUGACUAAAAAAAACAAACCACUAGUACAGGAGAGGGCUCUCAAGCAGGGUUCUUCUGUCACUAGUGACAUUUGAUGUAAUAUAAAAUCUGUAAAUAACUAGUAAUUUUACACUUUUUUAAAAAAAAAAAACUUAAUUGGUUAAUUGAAUGUCCUUUAUUGUAGCUCUCAAAUUUAAGGGGGGUGGUUCUUUUGUAUUUUUUUUUUUAUGAUCAGGACUGCCAAAUUCAUACAAAACAUUUUGCUGCUGCUGAGCAAUAGCCAUAUAAAAGGCAUUGCUGUAUCCUGAUAUGUACUGAGCUUGGGGAGAAAACAUUUGCUUUUUACAUAUCAUUUAGCUCAAAUACCUCUCAUUAAUAAUAACAUAGCUCACGCUGAAUAUGUUUAGAGUGAAUGUUCAAUAUAAACAUGUUACAGUAUGUUUACACUUCUUUAAGGGAAUGUGGGGUUUUCCACUGCUAUUUGUAUAAUGGCAAAAUUCUAUUUGUAAUAUUGCCACACAGAAAAAUAAUUCAUUUCAGACAGCUUUUUAUUUCUCUGAAAGUACAGCUUUGUAUACAUGACAUUUUCCUAGUUGUGGAAUAUUUAUUUAUUGAAAUGUAUUUAAGAUAAAAAUAAAUGAUUUAUAUAAAUCAC